CUUUGUAUUUAGUCGUUCAAUUAGAAAAAUCCCAGUCGGCCACAAUGCUGCAACACAAACUAUCGGAAUUCGCGCAACGCCAAUCAACGCAAGGCUGCAUCAAGUCUCCCGAAGCCUCGCCCAACGGCUCAACAAGAAUCCAGCCCGCCAAACCCCACGCCAAGAAUUGGGACCAUCAUUUCAGUCUCGAGGCAUCAAGUCGACGUGUCUCGACGCUGAAGAGCUCUGCCAAGACACCACAAGCUGAUGUGAUAUCCCUUGGUGUCGGGAGGCCGGCGUCGGAGUUCUAUCCAUGGCAAUCCAUGAUCAUGCCGGGAGCGACAGAUUCUCAUGGUACUCGAACGGAAGCAAAUCAGGGAGACGCUGCGUUGCCGAUGAUCUGUACUCAAGGGGAAAGUGCGUUCGAUCUCCGCACAGCAUUGGACUACGGCCCAUCAAAGGGGCUGGCACCGCUGCUUCGCUUCGUCCACCAACACACUAAGUUGAUGCAUAACCCGCAGUACAUCAACUGGGAUGUUAGCCUUACCUGCGGUGCAACUUCAGCCAUUGAGAUUCUGCUGAGAAUGCUGUGCGACCGCGGCGAUUCGAUAUUGAUGGAGGAAUAUACUUAUACGGGAGCGAUGGAAGCUGCGAGGCCUCUUGGAUUGAACCUCGUCGGGGUUGAGAUGGAUAGAGAUGGCCUGGAUCCGGUCGCUCUGGACAAGAGGUUGCUACAGUGGGACGUGGCGUCAGGCCCAAAGCCCAAAGUGUUGUACCUGGUUCCGUGUGGACAGAAUCCCACCGGCAUAACUCAACCGGAAGAGCGUCGCAGAGCGAUAUACGCCGUGGUGGAGAGGCACGAUCUCAUCAUCAUCGAGGAUGAUCCCUACUACUUCAUUCGCCUGUCUGGCCCCUUCCACCACGCCGAUACGACGGAGAAGCAGCAUGUCACGGCCGACAAAUACCUCACCGACUUGCCCCUGUCGUAUCUGUCGUUGGACACAAGCGGUCGCGUGCUUCGUCUGGAUUCCACAUCGAAGAUCAUUGCUCCAGGGCUUCGAUGCGGUUGGAUAAGCGGAUGCUCUCAACUGAUUGCGGCUUUCACAGCGCAUUCGGAUUUCAGUACAAUGGGUGCCAGCGGACCGUCGCAAGUAAUGCUCUACAAACUUCUGGUGGAAAGAUGGGGCCAUGAGGGAUUCUUCCAGUGGCUCAUGCAUCAGUCACGACGAUAUAAUGAGCGUUUGAACACCACGCUCGAUGCAUGUCGAAGAUAUCUGCCCAUCGAGAUUUGCAAUUGGACAGUGCCUGAAUGCGGAAUGUUUCUGUGGGUCGAAGUCGAUUGGAAGAAGCAUCCAAAGGCUCGGCGCGAAGGCGUUGGCAUUGAUUCGGCCCUCCAAGUAUCGAUCGAGGGCAGCGUGCACGCCAGAGCGAGAGAAGAAGGAGUGCUAGUCAGCAGCGGCAGCUGGUUUGCAGUGAGCAAGACCAACCAAGACCGCACGUACUUCCGCCUCACUUUCGCGGCAGCGCCUGGACAUAAGCUGAGCCGGGCUGUCGAGUGCUUUGGAAAUGCGGUCCGCAAGGAGUUUCUGAAGAAACGAAGUUGAUGGAGCAGGAUGCCAUACGAGGAGAGGUGGAAGAGCUUACGAUUUGAUUGGCCGCAGGGGAUGAAGGCUAGCGGAGGUGCCAGUCGGUCGGGCGCUGGAACGAGCUUCCCCUCGUAUACGAGAGC